UCGCUAUCUAUCGGCUAAUGUAUACAUCAAUGCUCCGGAUCUGCUCCAAAAUUUUCUUUAUAUUGUUGGCACCACUGUUGUUUAUGUUUACAUCGCUUUUCACACUCGCGUUCGGUUUCAGAUAUUGUUUUAGAGAAAAUUCCUUUUAACAUUCGCUGUAACUUCUCGUAAUGGUUCAUAAAAAAUCUGAAUAUCGUCUUCAAUUUCAUUCUUUAACUCAAGACCUUCGAAAACAAAUUUGGCAAGAAAAUAUACGUUUCAGAGAAUUCCAACGAUCUGUGAAUCAAGCUCAUCAUUACUGGUCAUACCAAAUAACCGAUGAGCCUUGCGUUUGUGAUGAUGGGACAGAGGAAUGUAAAAAUAGAAUUCAGGAUUUUACUGCACCUGUCAUUCUGGACUCCUUGGAGAAAUCAAGCGACAUUCAAGGGAACGUCCAAGAAUCAUGCCUAUCAAAAAAGAAGAGUGGAACUCAGCGACAAGUCCGGUUGAUGGACCCAGAAACUGAUGAGAUUCUUGCUCACGAGGUUGCUGUUCAGACUCCUGACUGGACCCCAGAGGAAAAAGCAUCUUCACCUGAAGAUCCUCCAGAACUUCAUCAUUUGAUGAAGAAUUUAAGAACAUCUUCACCGGAGUAUAAAGAUACAAAGAAAGAAAGUGCUGGUCCCCAGAGACCAAAUGUAAUGAUCUCUACAAAAAGUCCUGAAUCUGUUUCAACCAUGAUGCAAUCUGCAAUGGGUAGUAGUUCUGAGGACAGAUUAAAAUUUACUGAGAGACCAGCUUCAUGUUGCAGUCCUGAGUAUAAUAGACGUGACUUUCCAUCUCGAUUUUCAUCAUUGUCUAAAACGAGUAGGAAAUAUUUUUUUGAAGAAAAGAAGAUGCCGUUUGUUUCUUAUGGUUGGAAUGAUGCUGAUAAAAAUAUUGGAGAAAAGAAGACAUACAAUGUCAGUGCUCCAGAAUCACAGGUGCAUUCUCCAGCACUGAGAGCUCAGAAAAGACGAAGGGAAGAUAUUGAAAAAUACCUCAGAAGAGAGUUAGAUUUAAGUAAACGAAUUUCACAAACUAAGAGUCCAGUUAAUUUGAGUAGUAUUUGGAUGAGUGAAUAUCAAGAAAAAUUUUCCCAAGGAGCUAAAAGUUUUGGAAAGAUAUGUAGGCCGAUGUCCGCUCCUUUGUAUUAUCCUUUAGGCUGGAGAUGCAGAUGAUACUAAAUUUAUAAAAAAAAUAUAUCUAUUUAAUUAUUGAGUGACUUUUUAUAUAACUAAUGUUUGAAAUUUAUAUAAUAGUUGCUAUAAAUGUAAUUGUGAUUCACCUUUUUUAUUUUUUUAUAUUAUACUAUUUGCUCUUUCCGUCCAUAUUGAUGUGCUACUAUUUUGACUGUGUUGUUGUUGUGAAUAUAUGUAUGUUUUAUAAUUGUUAUUUAAAUCAUUUUGUUGUAAGUUUUUCACUAAUAAAAACAUAUUGGAAUAUAAAAAUGCAUUUUUCAUUUAGGCUAUGUCACAAAUUGUGAAUGCCUAAAGGCAGCUGUUCAAGAUUGUAAUGAGGAAUUGUGAGAUACAAUUUAUUUUUUUAUUUGUAUAGAGUUUAUGUAUUUGUAUGAAGUUUAUUUUUUUAUUUGUAUACAGCAAUGAGCGUCGAGCAUUAAGGUACGAACGAAGACCGACAAUCGAUAAACGACAAACGACGCAAGAUGAACGACGAAGGACUAGAAACUAGCGACAAGUAAGAGCGACCAGCGGUCAGUGACAAACGGCGAUCCACAAACAACGUCCGAAGAAAGUCAGAACUCAAGAGUGUGCGA